UCCCUAGACGAUAUCUACCCGCUUGUGUCUUCGUUCCUGGGGCCGUCACCCAACCUGACGCUAGCGCGAGCAUGUGAGUUCAUGUCGACUAAGCUGCUGGACUUGAUUUGGAACUCGAGCUGCACAGUGAAGAGUAACAGGACUUCGAACUGGUCGCUGGGGAACUACCUGCGGUCGGAAGCUCACUACAGCCCGUGGGAGUUUUCCAAGGCACUGGCAGUUGUGGCGAAAAGUGAAAAUACUGAAGUCCUUGAGUGGCUUCUGGAGCAUUUUCCAGGUUUUGAGGUGGAGGAAAAAGUGGUGAAAGGUGCAGCGGCCGCUGGCCAUCUGCCCGUGCUGCAGUCGCUGCUGGGUUAUGAUGACUCGGUUGGAAAGGAGGCGCGUACUUUAACUUUUGAUGAUGAUUCGCUGACGUUGGCGUCGAGAAAUGGUCACUCAGAAGUUGUGCAGUGGCUGGUCGACCGCGCCAUUUCAAUUGAUGACGAGAUAGCGAACACGUUGGCCGCAGACGCUGCCAGACAUGGAAACAUUGCGCUGCUGGAACACUCAAUCGAGCAAAGCCAUCAAGGGGAUCAUCGCUAUAAAGUCUUUGGGGUGUCGUCAGGAGUUUUGGACGACGUAGCUUCCAAUGGACAUCUGCAGGUUGCUAAACUGCUUCGCAGCCGCUACAAAGCGCGGAUCAGCGAUUUGGCAGUCACCAUGUUGCUGGCAGCUGCGAAUGGACAUUUGGAUGUCGUGGAGUGGCUGUACAACAAGUUUGCUACCCAGACUGGCAUCAGGAUGUUCCAGUCGCGCCAGACAACGGCGAUGGACGCCGCAGCGAUGUUUGGACACUUGGACGUUUUGCAGUUUCUACGAAACGUCCGGUCGAAUUGGGCUCCGCAUCUCGACUUGACUUUGCCCAUGACAGCUCGUGAUCUGCCGAUGACAACUCACAACGCCAUGGAUGGAGCUACAGUAUUUGGACACUUGGAGGUUGUAAAGUGGCUACAUGAAAAUGAACACACGAGAUGCUCAGUUCUAGUGCUGGUUGAGGCUGCGAAUAACCGGCACGUCGACGGAGUGGAUUGGCUCAUUGACAAUCGAGCGGACGACUUC